GGGCUGGUUUGCUCUAGCUAGCUGGGCGUAGCCUGGGUUUAGGGCCACGCCCAGCUAGCUAGUACAUGUAUAGAGCUCUGAUUACGAUUAGAGCUUGUUCAGAGUUCUCUGCAUGGCCUUGGAGCUUGUUCCAUUAUUCAGUUGCUAGGUGAAGGCCUUGUGAAGGCUAGUUCUUGGUCUUUUCUCAAAAUGGUAUAGAUGCUAAACUGAAACUUGAAGAUUUACUUAUAAUAAAGACAAAACUGUUCAACGCUCGCACAAAGUGGGAGGACAUUGGGUUAAUGCUAAAAAUUGACUCGGAAACACUAAAGAGUAUAAAAUUGGAGAAUCGAGAAAACCAUGAGGCCUGCCUCCAAAAAAUGUUGACUAAACGUCUAGAAGCUUUUGGCCCUCUCUCUUGGAGUGAGGUGUGUGUCUGUCUCAGAUCUCCUACUGUAACUCGUAUUGAUGUGGCUGUAGAGAUUGAAGACUGGAUAAAAGAACGAGAAACUGAAUCUGUUACUAAUGAAGAACACAUGAAAAUGGAUCAGAGAAGGAAAAUUAGGCGAAUAUCUUAUGAAGGAGAAGGGCAAUCUAUUGAAGACAGAGAAGUGUUUGAAACAUCGAUUGAAGAAGAUGAACUAACAAGAAGGAGAAAAAUACGGUACCCUAUUUUAUUGAAAAGAACAUUUCAGAAUCUGUGUGUCAGUAAACUGAGUGCAAUCGAAAUCACAGCAAAGCUACCACGAUUGUUCUUAGAGUCGUCUGAGCUUUCUUUGAAAUUUUCAAACCUCUGUUUCGACUUGUGCUGUUCAAUUGAGAAGAGAAACGUAUCAAUAAAGCAAGUAGUGUCUAUCUUGAUAGGCAUAGAGGCUUUCCCACCAGUUUACAAAUUUUCUAAACAAGCACUGUUUAGAGAUCAGAAGCCGGAUUUAUUAGCGUGUAGUGAUAUUCAUGAUGUGUGGUUUAUUCUUAAGGACUAUUGCUCGUACUUCAACUAUGACCUUGUUAAUUUGAUUACAAACCGUUUUGGUUCAGUUGAUGACAUGGAAAGGAUGUCAUUGUACGUGAAAGACUUUUCUUUUUAUGCUAAACGUCGUCUAUACGAGUGUCCAGUUGAGUUUGGUUCGUUGAAUGACUGUGAUUGCACUAUUGUUGUGAAGCUGGAUAAAAGUUACGACGAUUGUACGGCUGACCAAUUGAUUAUUCUGGAGGAUAAGCUUUGUGAUAUUUUCAAUAUUUCACAGCGUGGUGUUUUACGUCUGUGUACAGUUGAACAAGGUUGCUAUGAACUCGUAUUCCAAGCACCGUCAUUUGUUCGAGAAACUGUAUUUCCACUUUCACUAGAACAAGAAGUUGCUCUCAACGAACUUAAAGUUGUGUGGUUACUUUGUGGGGAUUAUGAAUUCUCGGCGUCGACAUUUAAUCAGGGAUCUGAUGGUAAUUUCGGCCCUGAUGAUGACGCAGAUGACGAUCACCCAGGUGAUCCUUCCAAGGAAUACAACUUAAUGGAACAAGCUCAUGCUUUGAUGCAGUCAUCAGUUACUUCAUCUGAUUAUGUUCCAUCUGACUCAGGAGUUGGAUUUGAUGCAGAAACAAAAUCACUCUUCUCUGAAUUUACUGAAGAUUUGUUUGACCAUGAAUCUCAACCAAGUCAGAAUAAGCAGCCCUUAACCGACAAUGGUAAGACACUAAUUGAUUCAACUUGUCUAAUUGCGGCAACUUACAAUGGCAAUUUACUCAAAGUCAAGUUCUGCCUAGACGUUCUUCAUUGUGAUCCGCUUCAACAUGAUAGCAAUGGGAACACAGCACUUAACGCAGCAGCUGAUGGUGGGCAAUUAGAAGUAUUAAAGUACUUGGCGAAAUAUGUUGAAGAUAACAAGCAUAUAUCUGUAGCUCUACCAAAUAGCAGUGUAACCGUGCUUCACAUAGCUGCAUUAAACGGAAAUCUUCCAAUGGUCAAGUAUCUUGUGGAAGAAGUGAAGAUAGACCCAUUGCUCGCCAACAAUCAGCAAAAAACGCCACUUCACAAUGCUUGUCGAAAUGGUUCCAUCGAAGUUGUUACGUAUUUGUUUGAUCAAGCAAAACAUCAUGAUCCAACUGAUACAGUUGUGUAUGAUACAACAAAGAUGGGAACAACAAUACUACACUUUGCUGCAGCUUCUGGGAAUUGUCAACUUGUGGAACAUCUCAUCUCUGAUCUCAAAGUUGAACCCAAUGCUCCUGGUCAAUUUGGAGCAACUGCUCUUCUAAUAGCUGCCCAGGAAGGACAUCUUAAUGUUGUUCAGUAUUUGUCCAGUUUGAGUAACUGUUCUAUAAGCAUUAAAACUCGCAAUGCUGGGCAAAAUGCUCUUCAUAUUGCCUCCAGGAAAGGACAUUUAUGUAUAAUCAAAUUCUUAGUUUCCGACAAAAAACUCGAUCCCAAUACUCAAGAUUUUGCUGGUUAUACACCCUUACAUCAAGCUGCUCAAUGUGGCUUUUUUCGUGUGGUUAAAUUCUUUAUAGAGGAUUGUAAGUGUAACUUACUGUGUUUGUCGAAGAAAAGAAGAACCCCAUUGCACAUGGCAGCAAUGGAAGGCUAUUUAGAAGUGGUCGAUUACUUAGUUAAAAAAACGAAUGUUGAGCCAUUGCUAAAAGCCAUCAGCCAAGUAUCUCCAUUGCAUUUAGCAGUUCUAAAUGGUAAAACAAAGGUAGUAGACUAUUAUCUAGACUCACUUGGCUGUGCAUUAAAUUCACCUGACAGACUAGGUGAAAAGUUACUGUUUAAGGCUGUGGAUCGUGGCCAUUUACCUGUGGUAGAACAGCUUGUACUUCGGCAAGUGUGGACGGAAAAGCACACAGGAUAUCGUCAAACCCAGUUACUUAUUACAGCUGUUCAGAGAGGGCACUUGCACAUUUUAGAAUAUCUCGCUAUUGAAUGCCAUUGGGAAUGUUCCAAUCUUUUUCAUGAGAAGAUAUCUCUUCUAAACUUUGCUAUUACAUCUGGUCACUUAAAUGUUGUGCGUUUUCUGAUUUCAGAGACAGAUAAUUUGUAUCAUCCUAAAGAAGUAGUCUUUCCUCUUCACCUUGCUUGCUACAGUGGACACAAACACAUUGUUGAAUUCUUGAUUGAGGAACAUGGUGCAGAUCUUACUCAAAUUGACCAGCAAGGGAUGUCACCACUUCAUUAUGCUGCUUGUUCGGGUCAGUGUGAUGUGGUUCGUUGUCUAAUUGAAUAUAAAGCUGACCUUUACAGUGGAUUGAAAGGGGUAGGUACUCCUUUACAUUCUGCAGUAUCAGCUGGAAAAUUGAAUGUUGUCCAGUACUUUGUUAAUGAGCUGAAUGUAAGUCCAAACGUUUCGGAUUACAUAGGAUUUACCCCACUUCAUUGUGCAUGUUCAAAUGGAGAUACAAAAAUCAUUCAAUUUUUCAUAGAGAAUAAGGAUUGUGAUCUCUCUUCUCGAAACAUCAAUAAGAAUCCACCUUUAAUGUUAGCAGUUCAUAAUGGGCAUCUAAAAGCUGUCGAUUUGAUGGUUAAAACCAAAAGAUGCGACCUAUUAAUGAAAGAUCAUAAUGACAAUAACAUGUUACAUGUUGCUGCUCAGAAUGGGCACCUUGAUAUUGUAAAAUACAUCAUCUCUGAACAACUAAUUGAUUUAAAUAUUAAAGGUUAUGUAGGUAAAACGGCUUUAUCAGCUGCCUGCUAUUCUGGUCAUGAAGAUGUUGUUAAAUAUCUAACCAUUGACUGUAAAUGUUCCUUACAAUCUGAUAACAGCGGUGUGGCUCCUCUCCAUGAAGCUGCCGUCGCUGGUCAUCUCAACCUAGUGACGUUUUUAAUAUAUGAAUUACGUUGUGAUCCUUACUGUGUUGACGAUAGUGGUGCUACGCCUCUACAUUCUGCAAUCACAUGUGAGCAGACAGAAGUAGCAAAGUUUUUCAUUAAAGAUUUGAAGUUUGAUCCAAAUCUUUUGGACAAGCAAGGAUACACGCCUAUUAUUUGCUAUCUUUUUUACUCUUCAAAAUACAAUGAAAAUGUUAUGAAGUACUUCAUCAAUGUACUGAAAUGUGAUCCAACGAUUAUUUUGAGAGAUGGGAAUAACAUAUUGCAUUUUGCAGCCCAAGCAGGAAAUUUUGAAGUUUUCAAGGUUCUUACAUCAAUUCUCGGAAAGGACUCUCCACUUGUUUCUGCUACUAACCAAAAUAAUUUGUCCCCUAUUCAUAUUGCUUGCUAUCGUGGACACUUAGAAAUUGUAAAAUUUCUAAUUCUUGGUUGCAAAUGUUCUACCCAGCCUGCGAGUGAUGGCGUGACCCUACUACAUGGGGCAGCUGCUGCUGGUCAGAUCAACGUGAUAGAGUUUUUGAUCAAUGAUUUGCACUGGGACCGUUUAACUGUGAACAAACAUGGUCAUACACCUCUACAUGUUGCAAUUGCACGAGGCAGGGUAGAACUAUCAAAAUAUUUUGUAAAGGAUCUGAAUUGUGACCCAAAUAUUCUAGACUAUGCUGGUAGUACUCCUUUAAUGUCCUAUGUUCACAAUCCGAGUUCUGUAUUGAGCACUGUUUGGUGUUUUGUGAAUGAACUUAAAUGUGAUCCAACAAUUAGUGGUGUUUUAGGGAAAAGUGCUCUGCACAUCGCUGCUCAAAUGGGUAAUCUAGAAGUUUUUAAAUUUCUUGCAUCUGCUUUUGUGAAUGUCAAUGUUGAUGUAUUAGCCUCCGAUGACGAUCAAAUUACUUCAUUACAUGAAGCUGCUCGUGCUGGUUAUCUGAGAAUAGUGAAAUUUUUAACUAAAACUAUGAACUGCAAUCCUCUUUGCUGUGACAAGAGUGGUGCUACUCCCCUACACUUUGCAAUGAAGAGUGGAAACUUGAAAAUAUGUGAUUUUUUGGUCAAAGAGUUGAAGUGUGACCCAAUUGUUCAAGAUUUUAAUGGGGAAACUCCACUGUGGCAUAUUCUUAAAGCUUUUAAACUUGGUCACACUAAAUUAAAGUACUUGAUUCAUGAGCUGAAAUGUGAUCCAGCAAUUCCAAGAAAAGAUGGGAGCAAUGUAUUACAUCUUGUGGCACAAAACGGUGAUUUUGAUACUCUGAAAUUUCUUUCUUCAGUGUCUCAAAUGAAAAUGUUUAUUUGUAAUGAUGCUUGUGUAACACCUCUUCACAUUGCUUGCGAAUGUAGUCACUUAAAUAUUAUAGAAUUUCUAUCUGAAAAUCUACGUAGAAGAACAAUUUCUGAAGUAGUUGAUCAAAACAGGCUUUCACCACUACAUUAUGCUGUUAAAGGUGGGCAUUUAGAUGCGGUUAAAAUGCUAGUGCUGGACAAAUCACAUAAUCCCUAUUGUUUCGAUCUUACUGGAAAUACUCCAUUUCACUUAGCCACACAAUUGGGCCAUUUAGAAAUUGUUCAGUGGUUUUUCUCAGGCUUGUCACUAGAUCCUAAUAUUUGUACGAACAAUAUAUUGGGCUUCACUCCACUGCAUAUUGCGUGUUUUAAUGACAAUGAAAAAUUAGUAAGAUAUUUCAUUGACCUCCCUACUUGUGAUAUGUUUAUGAGAAGCCGAGUGAAAGGUAUGACAGGUCUGCAUAUUGCUGCUCAAGGAGGUCACGCUAAAAUACUUAAAUUGUUGACAGCUAUACCUAACUGUGAUCUAUUAUGCAAGUCCUUUAAUGGUUUUACUGCUUUGCAACUCGCUGUCGAUCUCGGGAAUUUUGAAUGUACAGUAAUGUUAGCUUCAGCACUUAAACUGCAAGGGAAACAGCUUCUAAAUGUUGACAUGGUCAGUCAAACAGGACUUACUAUUUUGCACUCAGCGUGCUAUCAAAAAAAUGUUAAAAUUGUCAAAUAUCUGUUAAAUGAGAUUGAUGAAGAUUUUGUUCAAAUAACUGACGAAAUUAAUAAGACCCCUCUAUUCAGUGCUGUUCAUGCUAAUAAUACUGAAGUAUUUGACUACCUCAUCAACAAGAAUCCUCGAAGUGUGCAUUCACAAGAUAUUCAUGGAAACACAGUUCUGCACAUAGCAGCAUUUGAAGGCCAUUCGAACAUUGCUGAGACAAUUAUGUUGGACCAUGCUGUGGAUCCACUCUUACAAAAUUACGUUGGAACAACACCCCUUCAUCUAGCAUGUGCCAAUGGAAACAAACCUCUAGUAACAUUUCUAAAUUCCUUUGAUGGAGUAUUGGACAUUCAGGGCAUAAAUCACCACACGCCACUUCAUACUGCUGCUUUAGAGGGUCAUCUGCACAUUAUCAAGAUAUUAGUAGCACAUAAACAAUUUGACCAUGGUCAUUUCUUCCGUUUGGAUGGUGAGGGUAGUAUACCAUGUUACUUGGCGGCUUAUCAAGGUUUCAUACAUAAUGUAAAUUUCAUUGUUGAAUAUUGUUUGCAGAAUCAGCCGUUUGCAAUUGCUUUACAUAUGGAAAAGAUUAAAAUGUUUCUUGAUAUUGCAAAAAUAAAAGGACGAAUAUGCACGCAAAAAUUGCUUGCACACAGGGCUGCUGAAAAGCGAUACGUAAGUGCCCUUGAUUAUUUUUUCAAGGAAGAGUCGUACAAUCCGAAUUGUAGAGACUCAUUACGAAGAACCCCGCUUCACUAUGCUGCAAUGACUUAUAAGAAUGAAAGGUGCCUACAAUUUCUUCUGGACGCUGGAUCCAACUUAAUGGCAGAAGAUGUAUUUCACAAUCAACCUAUUCACUAUGCUGUUGCCCUUGGACACAUAGUUAAUGCUAGACAUCUUUUACUCAAAUAUGAAAAACUGAGUCCUUCUAGAACCAGAGGAAUUCUCGGUAUGAGCUUACUGGAUAUCGCUAGAGCUGGAGGACACUCAAAUGUCUAUCAAGAAUUGUUGUAUAGUGACAGUAAUUAAGUUUGUAGAGUCACGUAAUCAAGUUGUUCUAAUUAGAGCUAUUAUUAUACAUGCAUCAAAUGGUAGAGAGUUGUGCCAUUUGUAUAGUGUUCACCUUAUUUUUUUGUACAAUGUCAUGUCAUGAUUGCACUUAGAUUAACUAUUUCCUGUGGUUAACUUUACCUUGUGCUGUUCAUAUACUAUUGUAUGAGUUCUGUUGAUUAGUGUAUAGUUGUUCUUUGUUCCUUUUGUGCCUAGCUAUAUGGACCCGCUCCAGGCGGCUCUCUUGUGUAUGGGAGCCUCUGCUCCACUGCCUUUUGUCUUCAUCUUGUACUUUUAUAUUAGUCUAAUGCCUCAACUCAAAA